AUGUCCGAACCACCCGCCAAGCGCCGCAAAGUUCGAAAGGGAACACGAAGCUGCUGGGAAUGCCGCCGCCGCAAGAUAAAAUGCCAGUUCUCAAAGGAAGACGAUCCAAUCUGCAUAGGCUGCACACAGCGCGAGACAAGCUGUAUAUCGCAGGAAUAUGUCCCCACGCCGCCCGCCGCGCCCCAAGACAAGCGUCUUGCCCAGCGCCUCGGCCGUUUGGAGGAGCUGAUGGAGAAGCUGGUCGACAAGCCGCUGCCGUCGCCUGAAUCAGAAGACCCCGCGCUGGAGCGGUUCACGCAGCACACGGCUGAUGUGUUUGAGUCGUCGGUCGUGGAUAAUGCGCAGCAGAUCCUGGAUCAGCCUGACGCUGCGAUCGUGACGCACAGGUUCCCAAGCCGCUCUGCAAAGGCGACGCAUGUGUCUGCGCAGCUGCACGCGCUUUUCCCGUCGCAGCAGAUUCUGUAUGCUAUUUCGCAGCAGAGUCCGGGGGCGCGUUUUGUCCUGGCCAUGUUUUACUCGCAGCAGGAUCAGAUUGAUGGGAAGCCUGAGCCUAUAUCGUCGCUGGCGCAGAUACCGUCCGUUACAAGCCAUCCCGCCAUUCUCGCCAAGCGUCUUCUACAACUUGCUGUUUGUCUGCAGCAGAUGCCUCCAUUCUUCGAUGGGAGUACCCUCGGGUUGAGUAAAUCGCCCCGCGAGACGAUGGAAGAGUGGAUUGCUGUUACUGGACGUCUAGUCACGUCAGACGACGACUUUGUCGGGUGCUUAGAAGGUCUCGAGUGUCUCAUCUUACAGAGCUUCUACCAAAGCGAUGCAGGCCAUUUGCGAAAAGCGUGGUUGACGGGUCGCCGCGCUCUGAACAUGGCGCAGCUCAUGGGCAUUGAUCGCAAGAGUGCCAAGUCAAUCAAAUCCGUAGACCCAUCAUUCAGCAACAAGCAUCGCCCUUCUCCACCAGUCAUUUGGUUCCGCAUCAACUGCAACGAUCGCUACGUCUCUCUCAUUCUCGGGCUGCCUAUCGGCUCGCGCGAUAAUAGCUUCGCAGAAGACAAUGCUCUCGUGUCGGAUGCACCGAGCGACAAGCUUGGCAAAGUGUAUGCGAUGAUGGCGGGUAAGAUCGCGGAUAGGAAUGAGCUCAAGGGAAGCGAGGCAUAUGUCCUCACGCAGUCCAUUGACAUGGAGCUUGAAAAGGCGUACAAGAUGAUGGAUGAUGGUCUGUGGUGGAAAUUACCCGACAUGGCCAUAUGCUGUGGUACAUCCGACGCGUCAGGCGACGGAAUGAGCGUGAUAAAGCUUCAAAUUCGGCACUUCUCGCUUCUCAUUCUUCUCCAUCUUCCCUAUCUUCUUCGCGAUCGCGGCCAACGACGAUACGAGUACAACCGCGCAACAUGCAUGCAAGCAAGUCGCGACGUGCUCGAUCGAUUCCUCGAGUACCGCAAUUGCUUUACUACAUCUGUAUCAGGCCGUCACGUCGAUUACUCCGCCCUUGUAGCGGCCAUGACACUCCUGCUGGGAUACCUCGGGUGGCGCUGGCCAGGCUACGAGACAGAAAAAGAGCACGACAGAGACCUUGCCGAAAGGACACAAGAACGGAUGCAAGAAAUGGGAGCGCUAAAUAAUGACCGGCUCUGCAUUGAAGCGGCGGAAACAAUCCGGCAGCUUCUGCCCAUCGUGCAGAGACAAUCAGGCACGAGCGGAGAAAAUGUCCAUCUCAACGUCCCGUUCCUGGGUACGGUGAACAUCAACCCCGGCCCAACGCCGCCCGCCUCCACAGCGAGCAUGAUAGCGUCCAACAGCACCACGCCCAGUGGCAACGUCGACAUGUCACAGUUCCCGCUGUCAUUCAACUCGCCAAGCUUUGGCUCCGAAAACUGCGACCUAUCCACAACGUGCGCCUUCGCGCCUGAUGUGUUGGACUCCAACUGGCCCUGCUUCACGGCCGACCCUGAGGAUUGGGCACUGCAAGGUGUAGACACUACGUACUGGACUAUGCUCAACAGCAGUAUAGCAUGA